GCAGCAGAAAAGCAAGUAAAAUCCACAUGCCAGCGGACUGCUGCCUCAAAUGUUCAUGAAACGCGGACGCGUGUGGACGUCGUUUUGCGCCAACCGCUUCGAAAAAGUUUGUAAUUCCGAAUCGGUUUAUAUUCGAGUUAAUCGGUUGAUUCGAAACGGAUUCUCGGGCCGUGCAUGUGUGAAAGUGAAAACGAAAUGAAGAAUGAAAAUGAGCACGGUGCAUGAGUUUCCUUGACGUUCGCUUCGGAAAAUCCAUCGCAAGAAAACUGAAAGAGCGUGCGAAAGCAGAAAGGCCAAUAUAUUGUGAGUGAGAGCUGAAGAACACACACGCCAAAAAUAUAAUGUUGAAAAUAUCUGGCUAUUUUUGGAAUAUACAUUUGUUUUUCCCACACGCUGCAUUGGAAAAUUUGUACCUCAAGUGAAGAAACACACACAAAAAACCUCGAGAAAUGAUAAUGCUUAAAAAAUACGAGAUAUACGCUUUAAUUUGACUUGCAUUUCGUUUUCGAAAAGUUCUCAAAAACAAAACAAAGCCAUCGAAAAAAUAAGAAUACAAAAAUAGAAAAAAAAAGAGAAAAGAAAAGAAAAGAAAACCAAGGCGAAAGAACACCCAAAGUGAAAUGUUUUUAAUGGGCAAUCAGAAAUAAUGAAGAUCGGUUUCACCCAAAAAGCACAUACAAUACCGCGCUGAAAUGUCCGCCAAGACGUCGCCAUCGUCCACUUCUCGAGAUGCCAACGUGGGAUCCUCGAGUUCGAUUCCCGUGCAGAUCAAAAAAGAACUGCCCAGCGAUGAGAUAAAGGAAUUCGCACACAACACCAUGAACGAGCUGCUCGGAUGGUACGGAUUCGAGGGUGUGGACGUGGAUCGACUGGAGUUGACCGCCAAGACAUCGCGCCUGCUGCAGAGUGCCGCUGCAGCGGCGGUGGCCAACCAACAGCAUCACCACCAGAACCACCAACUCCACCAGCUGGACCAGCAUCCGAAUCUGGAGAGGAAGCGGGGCAGUCUGCUGCGCAGCAGUCGCAGUUCCUUGGCAGCAGCCUACCACAAUAACAACAACAAUGGCAGUAGCAACAAGAAUAAUGGAGCAGGGGGAGGAGUAGGCGGAGGGGGAGGAGGUGUCAGCGGAACUGGAGGUGGGAGUGGGCGGAAGGGCGGUCUGAUGAACUGCAGCAGCACCACCACCACGCCCUCGGACCACGACACUCGCAGUUCAAGGGAGGAGGACUCCAAGAGUCCGCACUCCAUCGGGAAACCAGCGGGAGUACCGCACACGGAGGAGAAAAUAGACUUCAGCAACUGCUGCUGGUGCCAUCGACCGAUUGCGGAGAAUGCGCCGGAUUACCUGACCAGCUGCGACGGACCGCGGUACUGCUCCGAGUCCUGCUUCGCCCAGAGCCGGAGGGCGUCCUUCAAGAAGGCCAAGACCUGCGACUGGUGCAAGCACGUCCGCCAUGCGGUGAGCUACGUUGACUUCCAGGACGGCGCCUCCCAGUUGCAGUUCUGCUCGGAGAAGUGCCUCAACCAGUACAAGAUGCAGAUCUUCUGCCACGAGACGCAGGCCCACCUGGACAUGCAUCCGCACCUGAGGGAUCAGGCCCUGGACGCGGGCAGCGAGGCGGGGCUGAUAACGCCGGAUCUCUGGCUGCGCAACUGCCGGAGUCGCUCGGCCUCGCCCGCCUCCACGCUCUCGGUGUCGCCGGGUCCUGGUCCUGGUCCUGGUCCUGGUCCUGCCCCACCUGCUCCGGCCCCCAGUCGCUGUGCCGACUCGCCGCCUAGUCAUCAUCCCAGCAAACCCCUGAUCUCAGUGGCUCCCGUCUCGAAGUUGCUGGCCCAGAAGAGUCCUAGCUCGGCAGGAGCUCCACCACCUCCGCCGCCGCCUGUCCAGCGGCAUUUGGGCUCCAAGUUGGGUCGUCGGAAGCGUCGCGGUCUCUCCUCCUCUUCGGGCUCGGAAACAGUGGCCAGUUUGCUGCAGAAACAGCAGCAACAGUCGCAGCAGCAGCAACAUCAGCCAGCUCCAACUCUAACGGCCGACUUUGCGGGAUCCAGUGUGCCACUGCCUCCUCUCUCGCCCAUGCCAAGUAUGCAGGAUAAUCCUCAGCAGCAGCAGCAGCAAGCUCCUCCUCAGGUGGCUCCACCACAAGGAUUACCGAGAGGAGCUACGGCCAUUCCGGCCAGUUAUUUUGCAACGCCCUCAAAUGGUGUGCCCAUGGGCCAUCCUUUUGUGGGUCGUCCACCACCGCCACCGCAUCACUUUAUGCAUCCUCCUCCGCAUGGCAUGAUGCCCCGCGGAUUUGGUCCUCCCUUCGGGCCCCCACUUCCUCCCCAAAUGCCCGAACUGGGAGCCCUGAUGGGUGCUGUUCCGCCGGUGACCGUUAUGGUGCCCUAUCCGAUCAUCAUACCACUGCCCAUACCCAUACCCGUUCCUCUGCCAGUGAUGGAUUUCUACAAGGCACACCUCACGCCCGAGCAGAGGAAGCGCUUCGACGAGGAACGGGCGGCACCGAGCAGAGUGGAAAACCCGGGAGAGCAGGAGCAACCUCAACCGCUGGACUGCAGCAAAACCAGGAGCGAACUGGAGGAGGAAAAGCCAGAGGUGGAGCAGCCAAAGGAGCCGCACGACGAGUUGGACAACGAUCAGGAAGAGGACGAGAAGGAAUCCAUACCAAAGACAAAUCCAGACAGGGAAACCACCCCGGCCUCGCCAUCAAUCUCGCAGGAGUCGUCGUCCUCGCCGCAAGAGACGCACUGCAUCGUGAGGGAUGCGACGCAAUCCGAGCCGGAGGCGGAUGGCCAGAAGCUGCCCAAGCUGAAGAUCACGCGACUGCAGACCAAGCGGACGCUCAUCCAAACCAAAGAGGCGGCGGCCGAGUGCAGUCGACCGCUGCGCAAGCGCAAGAGGAUCAUCGACUGCGAUUUCCAGAAGAUGGCCGUCAAGGAGCCGGAAGUGACCAGCGAUGGACACCAGAGCAACGGGAGCAACAGCAAGGAGGCGGAUGCCGAUGAAGAGUGCAAUAUGAGCAGCAGCCACAGCAACAGUGGCCAUGCUAAAGCUAAAAAGUAGACUUAGACCUUAGGAUUUACCCUUUAAAAGUAGUAGAAUGUAUUUAUCUAUGUAUGUGUGAGUGUGUCAGUGUGUAUGUGUAACCGGAAGCGGAAGUGGAGUCCACAGGAAGUGAGAGAGGUGUAGAGAGAAAGAGCUAGCGGAAGGCACAAAGUGCAUGCG